AUGCCUUUGUUAAUGGCAAGCAACGCCGUUUCUUUAGUACCACGGCCAUUGGUGGGGAAUUUGUGGCGCUGCUCGGAUGGGAGCAGUGAACUCCAGGUGGUAAAGAGUGCAGGGUUGCCUGAACUUUCUCUCGCGCAAGCAAAGGAGGAUCUGAUGCGUAUUUACUUUGCGUUCGAUGGCGCCAGAGCCUCCCGCAUGGCGGUGCCUGCAGCGGCGGCCAGUACAGUAUUGUCUGCGCUGCAGCGGCGUGAUGCCGCUUAUGAGUCCCUUGUGCCGGUGCAGGACGAUUGGGAGGAGGCUGUGCGCCGUGGUAUUCCGCUGGCGGUGAUCCUUCGUUUUACCCUCUGGGCGUAUGAAAAGCAGCAGGAGCAGCAGCAGCAGCAACGUGAACGAUGUUAUUCUCCAUCUUCCCCAGAGUCUACAUUUGGUUUAUCGUCGAUGCUUGAUAUGAAGUGUGAUGCGCGUGCUGAUGCUCGGGGACAAUCAUUGCCGUCACCGACCACUGCGCCUGCUGCCGCAGAAUCCGAGCAGCGUGUGAAGUCUGUCAGAAGUAAGGAGGAGCCGGGGCACGAAGAAAGAGAGGAGGGACUACAGUUGAUGCUACCCGAGAGUGAUAUCAUGGGUGCCUGCCUGGAUCGCGGGGACUGGCUGGAGGUACUCGCCGUGUUUGCCCCGCCGAGCCUUACCGCGGCGCUGCUUCGGAGGGCAGUGAUGAGCAAUGAGGCGCGAAGUGGGUGCUGCGGUGGCGGCGGUGACAUGACGUUCCUGGCGUGGCGGCACCGAGCUGCCCCUGCUGCAGAGCAUGACGAGUACGGAGAUGCGACGGCCGCAGUCGAUGUGCUGGGGACAAACAGCGCACGGCACGGUGCCGCCCACCCACGCUCGGCGUUUCGUCCACCGACAAGCGCGACGCAGCUAUUCUUGUUUCACGGGGAACUGCACUCGCUUCACCACGCGGAGGGAAUGGCGUGGCGUGUCGGCGACAAGGCGGGGCCGGCGUGCGUCUGCGGCAGCGACGCGUGUGGCGGCUCAAAUGAGAACAACAGCAGUUACGUCUCGGCUUCGGCUGGGGGUGUGGGUGAUGUGCUGUCGAGCCAGGGCAAUGGUGAGAAUACCGACGUCAGCAGCUGUGGCGGCGAUUGGAACUGGAUAGAGGAACAACAACAACAACAACGACAGGUCUGCGUGGAAGUGGGUACCGACAGCAGCAUGGAUGCCAUCGUGAACUACGCGGAAGCCUUGCUGCUGCCGGCUUUGAAUACACGUGCUGCUUGCUCGAGUGAACCCGUACCGCGCCAAAUUAGCGACGCGAAGGGGGAUAAGGGACAUGAAGAGACGAAAAGGAAAACAACCCAAGUCUCACGUAACGAUGCGUCGUCAACCAUCUCUGCUACAGAGGUAGCAAUUCCGGAAUCGCUGAUGUGUGUGUGUGACGGCGCUUUCUGCUUGCCCAAGUGCCUCCCCUCCGACACGCUUCGGUACUGGGGAUUCGUCUCCGUUGUAGGUGAUCAACAGCCUUCUGAUGGUAGCAGUGGCUGCAGCAAAACCAACAAUAUAGAAGGCGGCAAUGAUAUAUAUUGCUACACAGAUGGUGCGAAUGAUGAUGCUGAUGUCUACGCCGCUGUGAAUCGUCAUUUGCCUUUGUCGGUAUUCACAGAACGGCUUUGCUCUAGCGUGCUUUCUCACCACCAUAACGGCUCUGCUGGUGUGGCUGUGCCUAGCUGGUGGCCCCUAGAGAUGGUCCCCGACGGCCACAGCAAUUAUGUUGUGAGUGACGAGGAUGAUGAUGAUGAUGACGGCGGCGUCGAGGAGUACGGAGAGGAGGCGCGGCGCUUCGGUCUGUGCGCAAGAGCGUUACGGGGCAUCACAGGGCCUGUACUGCAACUCCCCCAGUGGGAGAAGCAUUAA